CGAAAGCAUAGUACAAGAGACGUCUGUGAACCAAAGCCGUACAAACGAAGAAGAAGAAGAACCGGCGAAAAUGACUCUGGGCUUGAUCAAUGCAAACCCGGUGGUUCACGCCAAGAAAGAACGUGUCGCUCGUAAUGAAGGUCCUCACGGUGACGACGUCGUUGAUCCACUCGAAAUCUAUGAUUUUGUGAGAGAUAUUAGAGAUCCUGAACAUCCGUAUUCUUUAGAGCAGCUUAGUGUUCUGUCUGAGGAAUCAAUAACUGUUGAUGAGAAGCUGGGCCGAAUUCUGAUAACGUUCACUCCCACUAUCCAGCAUUGCAGCAUGGCGACAGUAAUCGGUCUGUGCCUAAGGGUUAAAUUAAAAGAAUGCUUUCCUCCACAAUUUAAGGUUGAUAUUAAAGUCGCCCCCGGAUCUCAUGCUGAUGAAGAAACAGUUAAUAAGUUGUUGAACGAUAAAGAAAGAGUUGCUGCUGCCUUGGAGAAUCCUAACCUUCACCAACUUGUGGACGAGUGCCUUUACUCCAAAGAACUUUGAAAACAAGUGUGCUCAGCUGUUUUAAAGCGUAUUGUACAGGUUAAACAUCAGCCACCUCUAAAUACAGUAAGAAAUAACAUAGUUGCAGCGUAAUUCUCAUUUGCAGAAUGUAUAUGCCUUAUGCGUGUCGUCGUCGUUGCGUUUUGCAGAAGAGUAUAUCUAGGAUAUCGCUAUGGUUUUUUUUAUUAUGAUUAUUGUAUUUUUUUUGGCGUUCUUUCAUAUGGCAAUUUGUGACGAUGAAAGCAUGAGAAACUUUGUUUUUUUUUUGUAUGAUGGAAUUCAGACGCAGGGGCAUGUUAAUGGUUGUU